AUGACGAUCGACGUACACGAUAAUUCUGGGGACGUUUUCCGUCCAAACUGGCAGCUCAAGUGUAUCUUUGCAGUGGUGGGGUUGUUGAACUUUGUUGCUGCUUUGGAUGCCACAUCCAUAUCAGUUUCUCUCCCAACUAUCUCCAAUGAUCUCGGUGGAACCGCUACAGAGGCCUUCUGGGCGGGAACUUCAUUCCUGGUCGCAUCUUGCGUGUGCCAGCCUCUGUUUUCUUUAUCUUCCGAUAUCUUCGGGCGAAAAUUUGCUCUUUGGACGGCUGUCGUCGCCUUCACGGCCGGGUCGAUCACCGCUGGCCUUUCACACGCGUUCCCUCAGAUGCUGGUCGGUCGGUCGAUCCAAGGCGUCGGCGGAGGCGGCAUCAUUGCCUUGACCGAGGUGCUCAUUGCCGAUCUCAUUCCCCUCAAAGAGCGAGGCAAGUGGUUCAGUAUCCGCUCUGGGACUUGGGCAUUGGGGACAGUCACGGGGCCUCUCAUUGGAGGCGGCUUCACUCAGUCAUCGGCUUCAUGGCGGUGGAUCUUCUGGAUCAACCUCCCUUUCUGUGGUCUGGGGUUGGUGCUGGUACCUAUUUUCCUGAGGCUGAAGAGGGAAUCGGUCCCGUUACGGGAGAGUCUCGCCAAAGUCGACUAUGUUGGAUGUGCUCUAUUUGUCGCUUCGUUGACUUCUUUCCUUAUCCCGCUGACCUGGGGCGGUAUCAUGUAUGAAUGGAGCUCAUGGCAUACGUUGGUACCACUGAUCCUCGGCGUCGCGGGCCUAGCUGGCUUCGCGAUAUACGAGAGCAUGGUGGCUUCGCAGCCUCUCGUGCCUAUUGUCAUCUUCAACAACCGGACUGUUUCGGCAAACUACAUUGGAUGUUUCCUUCACGGUGUCAUCAUGUGGUCUGUCGUCUACUACUUGCCCCUUUACUACGAAGGCGCCUUGGGAUACAGCCCCGUCAUCGCAGGCGUUUCGGUCUUCCCCGAGUCCCUCACAGUCGCUCCGAUAUCCGUGACUGUGGGCAUCAUAUCUGCCAAAACCGGCAGUUAUCGCUGGGCCCUGUGGUCUGGGUGGCCGAUAUCCGCCCUGGGGUUAGGAAUACUUUACCUUCUAGAUGCGCACACGAGCAUCGCGAAAUGGGUCUUUCUCAACCUAGUUCCGGGCAUCGGGCUGGGCAUUCUAUAUCCAUCGGUGAUGCUAGCCGUGCAGGCCGCCGCCAACACGAAAUACCUAUCGAUUUCGGUUACCAUGACUGCAUUCUUCCGGGUUCUGGGACAGGCUGUUGGUGUUGCUAUCGGGGGCGUGGUUUUUCAAAACCGGAUCAAGUCUGAAUUCCAAGAUCACGUCGAACUUGGCAAAACGGCGCAAGACUUUGCACAAGAUGCGUCGAGCUUGGUACAGUAUAUCAAGUCACUGCCUGUCGGCUCGGACGAGAGGCGAUUGAUUGAGGAUCUUUACGCUAAGGCGCUGUCGGUCGUUUGGGCUGUGAUGUGUGGUGUGGCAGUGUUGGGUCUGGUUUUUAGUCUCCUGACCAAGGCUUACACACUGAAUCAGACUUUCAGCUCAAAGCAAGGUCUUGAGGUCCAGGCUUCUGAGCCUGUCGAUGUCGAGGCCAAGACCGAUUCUCGACCUGAAUCGCAGAUUUCUGAAGCGACGACUGUUGUAGGGACAUUUCGCUAA